AUGUCUACUCCCAUGCAUCCAUCAUCUUCGUCGGAAAAAGAUGAAAAUGGUAAAUAUGUUUCUGAAAAAGAAUAUCUAGGAAUGAUUGACUCUUUGCAUUACUUAACUGCCAAGGAGGAAAAUCUGACGGUGGUGAUUAUUCGCGAGUUCGACCUCCUACACAAUCAAAUAGGUGCUGUUGAAAAAAGGAGAAAGAGAAAUGAGGAAAGGCAUGCGCCCCAGGAUGAGCAGCCCCAGCAAAAUCUUAUGUUUGAUGCAGAACAGGAUGAGCAGCCCCAGCACGAUCAUGUGUUUUAUGAUGAACAUGAUCAGCAGCAGCAACAGUUUGAUGAUGAACAUGGUCAGCAGCACCAGCCUGAAGAACCCAUGUUUCCUGGGGGUCCUUAUGAUCUUUCUGUCCUUACAGAUUAUGAGCAUCAUAUUGCAAUUAAUGCGUGGAAUGGACAGGAAAGACGUGUCUUGAAAGUUGUUUCGAAUGGCAAAAAGCAAGACAAAUUCAUUGAUAUUAUAUAUCAUUUACCUGCUCAAAUAGAUCAUUGGAUUAAUAUAUCUGGAUUACGUCCUCUGAGAAGAUAUAGUUUGCAUAUGAUUGACGGUAAUAUGAUAUCUGCUUUUGCUGAGAGAUGCACGCAGAGACUAGUUCAUUUCACCUGCCAUUCGGUGAAAUGA